GCCGCUGGGAGAGGCCAGAGUUCGGCAGCGGUGGGUGGGACCUUGGCUUGCAUCAGGACCAGCGCCCGGAUCAGCAUCAUCUGCAGCAUCAUCAGCGGGACAUGAAGUAGAGCCGAAUCGGGCCAGCAUGGCGGAGAUCACCAGCCUCGCCCCCAGCUACGAUAUGUCGCCCAUAGCGGCCGGCUUCAUUGGAGCCGCCGUCCUGGUCGUCUCUGUCUCAGUCACAAUUUUUAUCUGGAGUUGCUGCGUCAACCGGGCGGAGAAGAAAAACAAGAAUCCUCCAUAUAAGUUUAUACACAUGCUGAAGGGGAUCAGUAUCUACCCAGAGACACUCAGUAAUAAGAAGAAACACUUGAAUAUCCGCAGAGAUAAACAGCCCGUAGAUGCAGAGAAUCCACGGGGGAACAUAUUGCUGGACAACGCCGAGGUGGGCCUGAUGACCUCAGAGAAAGGUCCCAAUGGCCUAGCUACUGCUACAUCCAUCAACCAGCUGCCCAUUACUAUGAACUACGGAGAUGAAGUAAGCCCAAGUCAAAGUCUGACCUCCAGCGCCAGUAAGACGUCAUCCCCUUGCUCUCCCGACGAAGACGUGGCCCUCGGGACACUGACCCUCUCCGUGGAUUAUAACUUCCCCAAGAAAGCUCUGGUGGUCACCAUACAGGAGGCGCACGGCCUACCGGUGAUGGAUGAACACUCUCAUGGAUCAGACCCAUACAUCAAGAUGACCAUCCUGCCAGAUAAGAAACACCGGGUGAAGACUCGGGUCAUGAGGAAGACCCUCAAUCCCGUCUUUGAUGAAACCUUCACCUUUUAUGGCAUCCCCUACAGCCAGCUCCAGGACAUCGUCCUUCACUUCCUCGUCUUGAGCUUCGACCGCUUCUCUCGAGAUGACGUCAUUGGAGAGGUGAUGGUGCCGCUGGCCGGUGUGGACCCCAGCACCGGCAAAGUGCAGCUAACCAGGGAAAUCAUCAAGAGGAACAUUCAGAAGUGCAUGAGUCGGGGAGAAUUGCAGGUCUCGCUUUCUUACCAGCCUGUGGCGCAGAGGAUGACCGUUAUCGUGCUGAAAGCCAAACACCUCCCGAGGGUGGACAUCACCGGACUGUCAGGUAACCCAUACGUCAAGGUCAACGUUUACUACGGCAGGAAACGCAUCGCCAAGAAGAAGACUCAUGUCAAGAAGUGCACGCUGAGCCCCGUCUUCAACGAGUCCUUUAUCUACGACAUCCCCUCCGAGCUCCUGCCAGAAAUCAGCAUUGAGUUCCUGGUCAUCGACUUUGAUCGCACCACCAAGAACCAAGUGGUGGGCCGCCUCAUCCUGGGAGCACACAGCGUCACGGCCAACGGCAUCGAACAUUGGCGGGAGGUGUGUGAUAACCCACGGAAGCUGGUUGCCAAGUGGCACAGUUUGUCCGAGUACUAAGGAGGGGUGGGGGUGGCGGUGUCUUCUCCGAGCAGGGCAGAAGAGCAGGGUGAAAGGGAGAACACAGUUUUGGCGGUGGAUGGAAGGAAGGUGGGCAGGAGAUUGUCCAUUUUUUUUUUUGUGUAAUCCUGUUGAACCCCUCCCCCCCAGUGACCGAGGCGCCUUUGAAGGCCUGCCGAACGCUGACGGGGUUUACCCUCGUUUUAGUGGUAGAUCAAACUUUUCUAGACUGUCAAUUCUUCUGAUGUUUUGCAGGACACUAUAACACUAACUUAACCACCAGAUAAGGUGAUGCUCUCCGUACGUACUCCUAUAUGGACUAUAUUCCUGUGUUUGCAUGUGUAGGCAGGCUCUAUCCGUCUGUCUGUCCGGACGCCCUGUGCAUGUCAUCCUCACCUCCCUGGUCCCCGGUGGCUCUGAGGCCAGUGGAAGCUGUUGGGCUUGUACACUGUGCACCUUUCCCUUUUUAAUAGCCUGGUGACGGCUCCCCCCCUCCCCAUGUUUUGGUUUCCUGCUUUGUGUCUUAUUUAUAUUUCUAUAGAUUUGAGCUCAAAGGAAAAAAA